CCAUCAACUUCUCUCUGACGGCUCACUGCAACAACAAGUAUCAAUUGCAAGCCAACCGGCUAUGUCCUAUUCGAUGGGCUCACAAGCCCUUUUUUUGGCAACAGCUGUAGCCGUUUCAGCCGGCAUUAUCGUUCUCUUUGAUCUUCUUCGGGAAAAUUAUUUUCCAAAUGCAGAGCUUGAAGUUACCAAGAAUGAUCGAAAUUCUCCACACAAAAAGACUUUGCUCAAGUCUUGCUUAUCUUCAGGUGAAAAGAAGAUGAAUUCGAAGAAGAAAAGGGUUCAUUUUGCUGCAGAUGUGAGAGAUUCAGGCAAAAAUGGCGAGGAGUACAGAAGAAGACUAUAUAGAAAAUCUUGUGGGAAGAAGAUUUUGGAUAUGCCAGCAAAUCCUACAGCUUUGUACAGUAGUGGAAUUCUCAAAGAGAGUGUGCAUCGCAUGGGAUUCUCUUAUUGAUUAAGUAUAAAAGAAAAGAAAAACAAAGAGCAAUUAAGAGAAGAAAUUUUAGGUUCUAACCAAUUUGGUAGUAAAUCGUGAUGAAUGAACAUUACAUUAGUUUUGUAUAUUCAGAUACGAUUGUUCCUAAAAUUAAGUUCUUCCUUAUGUUU